GCUCGUGAGACACUAUUUGUACGAUAAUCAACGAAGUUGUUAUAAUUUUUAUUAUAUAUAUGUGAAGAUACGUCGCGACUACGUUUUCAUUCCAUCUAAUGUAAAAAGUGAAUAAAAAAAAAUUGAAAACAUUUCGAUUUGUGUGUAGUGUAUAAAAGGGAUAGGCACUAGCCCGCGCCGACCAGCACCAACAAUAUGACGGAAACAACAAAACGAUUGCUUGGCUCGUGCUUAGCUAUUGUUGCGGUUCUUCAUGUCCUUAUCCAGCCAACAGAUGCGACUGGUGCUGUGCCUAUGACCAGUGAAAAUAUUGAUAUGACGUUAGCGUCUAACGAAUUGGUUUUCCUUAAUUUUUAUGCCGAAUGGUGUCGGUUUAGUAAUAUUUUAGCGCCAAUUUUCAAUGAAGCGGCAGAUAAGAUUAAAGCGGAAUUCCCAGAGGCUGGCAAAGUGGUGCUUGGAAAAGUGGAUUGCGACAAGGAGACGUCGAUUGCGUCCCGUUUCCAUAUCAGUAAAUAUCCCACACUCAAAAUUGUUCGCAAUGGACAGCUGAGCAAGCGUGAAUAUCGCGGACAGCGCUCUGCGGAGGCAUUCUUGGAGUUUGUCAAGAAGCAGCUGGAGGAUCCCAUCAAGGAGUUCAAAUCGUUGAAGGAUCUCGAGAAUCUUGACUCGAAGAAGCGCAGUAUUAUGGGCUAUUUCGAUCGUCGCGAUCAGCCAGAGUAUGAUAUUUUCCGUAAGGUGGCAACGAACCUCAAAGAAGAUUGCCAAUUCCAUGUGGGUUUCGGUGAUGCCUCACAGGCAAUGCAUCCACCAGGCACUCCGAUCAUUGUGUUUAGACCAGAUGUCGCGCUCUCGCAUGAGAACGAUGAAACGUACACGGGCAGCUUGACCAAUUUUGAUGAGCUGAAGGUGUGGAUACAGGAGAAGUGUGUGCCGUUGGUGCGCGAGAUAACGUUCGAGAGUGCCGAGGAGCUAACGGAGGAAGGACUGCCGUUCCUGAUUCUGUUCUAUAAACCCGAUGAUCUGAAUGCGAUUAAGGACUACAAAGCGAUCAUUGAGCAGCAGUUGCUGGAUGAAAAGCAGAAUGUGAACUUCCUGACUGCGGAUGGUAAACGAUUUGCGCAUCCAUUGCAUCAUUUGGGCAAGUCGGAGGAUGAUCUGCCAGUCAUUGCCAUUGAUUCGUUCAAGCAUAUGUAUCUAUUUCCGCAUUUCCAAGAUAUGUACACGCCCGGCAAACUCAAGGAGUUCCUCCAGGAUCUCUACAGCGGGAAACUGCAUAGGGAAUUCCAUUACGGGCCGGAUCCUUCAAGUAAUGAAGUGAAGCACGAUAAUACCGCUAAGGGUACGUCACCGCCUGAAUCGAAAUUCAAGGAGCUGGGUCCAUCGAAACACCGUUACACCUUGCUGGAAAAAGAUGAACUGUAAUAUUACAAAUGUAUAUUCAUUUAAAUAUAAUUAUUAAACAAUUUUAUAAAGUCCAAAAUUGUGAAGCGUCUCCGCUAAUCUAAUCUAAUCUAAUCUAUGCAUCUAAUUAGAGUUCGAGUUAUUUAACAAAUGUGUUGUGAAGUGUUUAAGCGUAAAUAAUUGUUUCGAUUUCGAUUUGAAGAUAUCAUUUUUGUUUUUUCUUUUUUUCUGUGUUGCCGUCUCUUUCCAUUAACUUUAUUGCUUUCUCGCUCUAGUUCACGAACAGAGUCACAUCUUAAAUCACUUGAAAAUCAUUUAUUUAUACUUUCAAAUCUCAUCCC